AGCACAUUCCUUUCCCCAUGCGAGGAGGAGACAUCUCAAAUGUGAAUACGAAUACACACUCGGACCUCACCUGAUACUUUAGCGCCUUUUCACCCUGUCCAAGUCUUCGAUUUUCUCCCAAGUCUUCGAUUUUCUCUUCUAGGCACCGUUGGAUCCAGAUGUUUGUUUAGUGCCGUGGUUCCGGUCCUGAGCACAUAUUUCCACGUUUUCCCGCACGUUUCCCCUCAUACUCGAUUCGACAUCUUCGCAACUUCCGCAACCAUGAAGUUCCUCCACUUGUUUUCAGCCUUAUCGUUGGCUUGUACCUUUACCUCUGCCCAUCCUGCCGCCUCUUCACCUCUGGAGGAGAGGCAACAACAGCUGGUCAUCACCAACGCCGUCUCUGGACCAGUUUAUCCUCGACUUGAGAUUCGAACAUUAUCCGCUGCGAACAACUACGCACAAUGGUCCUUGUUCAUUCUCGCUCUUCGACAAUGGCAGCAAGAAUCCCAAAGCGAUCCGUCGUCGUUUUUCGGCGUCGCCAAGAUCCACGGUGUACCGCGUCAGAACUACAAUAACGUCGGACAAUGCUUCGGUUGUGGUGGCACCGACGGCUAUUGCACACACGAUUCGAUUCUUUUCCCAACAUGGCACCGUGCCUAUGUCGCUCUGUGGGAACAGCAGUUUCUCAUCCGAGUGAACCGCGUUGCGAACUCGUUUGUGGGCACUCAGUUCCAAGGUGCCAUGCAGCAGGCGGCCGUGUCGAUGCGUUGGCCUUUUUGGGACUGGGCCGCGAAAGCUCCCGCAGGCACCCCGGUGCUCCCAUACGUCGUCACGAACAGGACCGUCAAGGUGCAAACUCCCACCGGCCAGCAGAUUGUCGGCAACCCCUUGUAUCAGUACAACUACACCAGCUCCGGUGGCAUGUACUACUACCCAUACACUGACUACAGAGCCACCUAUCGAUACCCUUACAGCAAUGCCGCCAAUGCAGGAAGCAACAACGCCAGAGCUGUUUCUGCCUUUGGUUCGGCUCGUUCGAAUUUGGCGGAUCAAGUCUACGGACUACUCACCCAAUGUAAAACUUGGCAACCCUUCAGCAAUGACAACGCCGACAACAGCAACACGGGCUGCUCCAACAGUCUCGAGGGUAUCCACAACAACAUUCAUGUCCUCGCCGGUGGACAGGGAAGCAGCUCGGCCGCCGCCGGUCACAUGUCCGUCCCACCGACUGCUUCAUUUGAUCCCCUCUUCUUCCUGCACCACGCCAACGUGGACCGUCUUUUCGCAAUGUGGCAGGCUAUCAACCCGUCUCAAUACAGCGGUAGCGCAAGAGCACCUGGAUCCACCUGGACCAUCGCCCAAGGCGACACCAACAACGAAUUCUCCAACCUGACCCCUUUCCUCAAGGACACCUCGGGUAACUUCUGGACAGGACUCCAGGUGCGAUCGUGGAACACCACCUUUGCCUACACAUACCCCGAAUUUGUAGCCACCCCAGGCGAUGCCGGAUCCGUCGCCAGCAUCGCCAGCAAGCUAUACUCUCGCGGCGCCACCGCCACCGCCGGCUCCAUCAAGCGCGAUGCCGAAGCUGCUCCUGCGCCCAAUGCCGCCGCCGAGGCGACCCCCGCCCCCGUCCUCGAAGCCCGCGACGCCACAACCUACCACUACGUCGCCAACAUCCAGACACCGCGUCACUACCUCAAGGGUUCCUACACCAUCUACAUCUUCAACGGCAAGCCCGCCAGCGAAGACCCGGAGACCUGGAUCACCGACGAGCGCAUGAUCGGACCCAUGGGAGUCUUCGCCCACAGCAGCAUGGCCUCGAACAAAGUCGUCAUCGCCGGCUCCGUCCCCUUGACCAGCACUCUGUCCUCCAUCGCCGGCACCGGCCUCCUCGCCGACCUCAGCAUCCCGCUCGUCUCGGCCUACCUCAAGGCCAACUUGCAAUGGCGCAUUCACGGCCCCAACGGCGAGAGCGUCGACCCGGCCUCGAUCCCGGGCUUCGUCGUCUCCGUCGUCUGCGCGCCCAUGACCGUGUCCUCGGACCCAAGGGUCUUGCCAGUCUACGGACAAUUCCAGACUUUGGUCGACGUCACGACUGGUUUGGUCGGCGGUCUCGACAAGACCACUAAGCUGUUGGGUAACGUUGUCGGCGGCCUCCUCAACGGACUUCUUGGUUGAAAGGCGCGUGGAGCGCUUUUUUCGAUUUACCUUUUCCUUGGGGCUUGGAUACACCCAAGUGAACCCUCUUCUUUGACUUUCUUCUUUUGAAAGCGUGUUUGGGAGGGCGAAAAGCAACUAGAUUGUUGCGGAGGACAUAUGAUAUUGUUUAUUCAUAGUUGUGUGUAACGAAACCUAACGAGAUAUCUCACCUG